GCCGCUCGCCUGCGAAUGCGCGGGCGCAGCUCCUUGCUGCGGAAGGGGGCGCGCGGCUCCGCGGUUGUGACUGUAGAUGGUAGAACAAUAAUGUUCAGAGUCAUGAGGAAAUUGCCAGUAAAUGUUCUGACAGCUUCAAGUUGGUGCAAUAGGUAUGUACAUUGCAGGAGAACAAGGGUGAUGGUUAUAAAAGGACUAAAACCACAAGCAUGCAGUCAAAAAAAUUACUGUUCUCUGCCAGAAGAUGUCAAAUCUCUGCGUUCGAUCAUCUCACCACAUAUAUCUAAAAUCCGGAACAUUGGCAUCAUGGCUCAUAUUGAUGCUGGGAAAACUACAACCACAGAGAGAAUGCUGUAUUAUUCUGGAUACACAAGAGCAUUGGGAGAUGUUGAUGAUGGGGACACAGUGACAGAUUUUAUGGCACAAGAGCGAGAACGUGGCAUAACCAUUCAAUCUGCUGCAGUUACUUUUGAGUGGAAGGACUGCAGAAUCAAUCUGAUUGACACACCAGGUCAUGUGGACUUUACAGUGGAAGUUGAACGUUGCCUGAGAGUGCUGGAUGGAGCUGUGGCUGUCUUGGAUGCUUCAGCUGGUGUGGAGGCACAGACUUUGACCGUGUGGAGACAAGCAGACAAGAACCAUAUACCACGGAUUUGUUUUUUAAACAAGAUGGACAAAAAUGAAGCAGAUUUUGCCUAUGCUAUAGAGAGCAUCAAGCAAAAAUUGAAGACAAAACCUCUGCUUUUACAGUUGCCAAUUGGAAAAGCCAAAACUUUCAAGGGAGUGAUUGAUGUAGUGACCAAGGAACAAAUUAUUUGGAAACCCACUUCUAGUUCUGAUGAUGGAAAAGUUUUUGAACAAAAACCUCUGACAGAAACUGAUGAUCUUGGACUUUUAAAGGAAGCAAAAGAUGCAAGAAAUGCCUUAAUAGAACAAGUUGCAGAUCUCGAUGAUGAAUUUGCUGAGCUGGUGUUAGGAGAGUUUAGUGAAAAUUUUGACUUGUUACCAGCUGAUAAGUUACAAUCUGCAAUACGAAGAGUGACGCUGGCUCAGAAAGCAGUGCCUGUGCUAUGUGGAAGUGCAUUGAAGAAUAAAGGCGUACAGCUGUUACUGGAUGCUGUUGUUAUGUACUUGCCUGCACCUAAUGAACGUUUCUAUGACUUCUCGCAAUGGUACAAAGAUGACUUGUGUGCCCUGGCAUUUAAAGUUAUUCAUGAUAAACAGCGUGGGCCUCUAGUUUUCAUUCGCAUUUACUCAGGCUCUGUGAAACCUCAGUCAGCUGUAUACAACAUUAACAAAAACUGCACGGAGAGAAUGAGUCGCGUUAUCCUGCCAUUUGCUGACCAACAAGUUGAAAUACCUUCACUGACAGCUGGUAAUAUUGGCCUUACAGUUGGGCUAAAAAAGAGUGCCACUGGAGACACCAUCGUUUCAUCAAAGUCCUCUGCUGUGGCUGCUGCUCAUCGAGCUGGAAGAAAUGUUGAGAGAAAGCAGAGUCGUAACAGUGAAGUAGCAAGCCUUCUGUUGGCUGGUGUGGAGAUUCCAGAGCCAGUCUUCUUUUGUACAAUAGAGCCACCUUCACUGACCCAGCAGCCAGACUUGGAUAAUGCCUUGACGUGCCUUCAGCUGGAGGAUCCAAGCUUAAAAGUGAAGAUAGAUCCUGAUACUAGCCAAAAUAUCCUUUGUGGCAUGGGAGAACUUCACAUUGAAAUUGUUCAUGACCGGAUCAAACGUGAAUAUGGAAUUGAGACCUAUCUGGGACCUCUUCAGGUAGCAUAUAGAGAAACCAUCCUAAACUCAGUUCAAGCUACAGAUACACUGGACAGAACAAUAGCAGAAAAGCGGCACUUGGUGACCGUUGAGCUAGGAGUGAGUCCCUGGACAGGGGAGAGAGCAGCAAUAUCACCAGUCAUUCAGUAUGCUGAAAAUUUCACUGAGCCACUUCAUCCAGAGCUUCAGGAAGCUAUAGAAAAUGGAAUUAGCAGUGCGUCUCUUCAAGGACCACUGCUAGGAUUCCCAGUUCAAGAUGUAGCAGUGACUGUGUAUUCAGUGACUUUGCACCCUGAUACUUCUCUGCCAAUGGUGUCUGCUUGUGUUUCUCGUUGCAUGCAAAAGGCUCUGAAGAAAGCUAGUAAACAAAUGCUGGAGCCCUUGAUGAGCUUGGAAAUUACAAUUAAUGAAGAUAAUCUCAGCACAGUACUUGCUGACCUUGCACAGAGGAGAGGCAACGUACAAGAAAUCCACACUCGCCAAGAUAACAAGGUUGUGGUUGCAGCUGUUCCAUUAGCAGAAAUGAUGGGCUACUCCACAGCUCUGCGCUCUUUAACAUCAGGCUCUGCAACUUUUACUUUGGAACUGGCCAAUUACCAAGCUAUGAACAUGCAAGAGCAAAAUGCAUUGCUUCAGAAGAAGGGGCUCGUAUAAUCAGAAGAACAAAGACUUACUUUAUUUUCACUAAAAUGUUUCUUGGGGACAUGUUUGCCAUAGCCACUUGGCAGCAAGGAGGCUUGUCAAAGAGUACAUGGCUUUAGCUGCCUUAGUAUUUCAGACUAUCCAGUGGAAGGUUUAAGGGGAAAACAUAAGCCUGCUGUGGAAUGCUGAAACAGCUUUGCAGUUUAGAUGAUAUAAUUUAAAUAAAGUUCUUCCCCAAAAGCCAUUUAAGAAGAGCUGCAGUCUUGAAGGCAACAUUCCAAGCCCCUACAAGAAAUGUUUCAUCUACAAAAAUAAACUUAACUAAUGGAAA